ACCAGUGUCAAAAACAAAACAAAACAAAAACCCCAAAAUAAUUGAUGUAUUUCCAUAUUUUUGAUACGACCUUAAGUGUAGUUAUAUAUUUAAGUCGGGGUAAAUUCUAGUAAUAUUCACUUGCUGAGAUAGGCAGUAUGGAAAUCGAGAACGACCAGUCCUAUCAGGACUUUUUCGACAAGUUGCGCAGUGACUCAGGACCCCGAAAUCUGCGCCAGAUCUUCGAGGACGACGACCGUCCCUUGGAGAACGAAUCCUCCAGCUUGCGCUAUCAGCCGGGCAUCUCCAAGAAGCCGCAGGGCGGCAAAAAGCCGGGGAUCACCAGAAGCAGCCCCUUGGACUCGGGAGACCCUCCAACGGCCACCUGGAAUACGGUGAUCGCCAAGGUGGUGCAUGCCUAUCAAGACGCCGCCAACCUGGGUCGCGUGGGCCUGGCCCUGUCGAUUCUGGGCGAGAUGGAGGCCGCCAAGCUGAUUGUCUACAAGAGCAAGAACCAGGUGCUAACCACCCUGCAGUUGAAGCCCCACGGCGGCCAGGUCAUCCUGCGGCAGUCCUAUUUGCAGUUCUACGAUGAGCAUAAACGCUGCUGGAGCCUGCGGUUCGACAAGCAACCGGAUGAGCAUGAAUUCGUGCGAUUCAUGGUGAAGAACAAACUGCCAGUGGAACACUUUCCCAACGAGGAUUCCUCCCUCGGCUCUGCAACCCAUUCCACUGAGGAGUUGUCCAAGAAAUCCACGAGUUUCAAAGCUAAGGAUAUGCCGGUCAGUCCUCCACAGCCGCAACCACGCUCACGCGUUGGGAUUCCAAGUGUGGGGAAGCUGGAGGAUGAGGCAGAAGCAGAACAGGAGCCAAUAACCCCUUCCAGCGAGGAUGUGAUAGUCACGCCACUGCCGCGACCCAUAGGUUCAUCAAAUACUCACAGAAAGCCCAGUUCCAACUCUCUGGCUGUGGCCACCGCUGGACAAUCAAGCGACUCGCCGCUGGCUGUGAAAACAUUGGACAAAUACCUGGACGAACAGCGGGCCUCGGGUCUGAUGAUGGAGCACAAGAUGGAUGCCAUACUGCAGGCAAUGAAUCGUAUGGGCAAGGCCGGUGCACCCGUUGAGCCGGAAACCAGAGAUCCGCUGCUCGAACGCGACAGCGAGGAUGAGAUGCUGGAGCUGGAACAGAAGCUGCUCAACUUCAAGCGGGAGAAUCGUGCCCUGACGCGGAACCUCAAGGCACGCGAACAGGCCCUGGAGGAUCUGCGCUGCUCCGCCUGCGCUCUGUGCGAGGAGCUGCUGGUCCAGAACAGCGAUCUCAAGGAGCAGAAUGCCCAGCUAUUGGCCAGCAAAGCUCAUCCCGGCUCGGCUUCUGCCUGUCACAAUUGCGAGCAGUCUUCCAAGCAAAUAGCCAAAAUGCAGCGGCACAUUGCCGCCCUGCAGGAGGCCCUGCGGAUCUUUCAGAAAUCAGGGGACGCCAGCUCGGGUCGUUUAUAGUAGCUAUAUAUAUAUAUGUUUUGUAUGAUUACCCAAGAAUGUAUUAAAUUGCUUGUCAGGAUUCGUGACAUAUCCGCAAAUGAAAGCCAGACACUACCAAUAGCCUUCAAUAAAAGCCUUUGGAACUGA